GGUAACCACGCAAGUGAUCAGCAACUCCACGGUUGGAUUAAGGACAUGGAACGUGUGAAAGACAUGCUGCGCACGCAAUUAACCGGAUGGGUACAGGACUUGCAAUUCUCCAGCAAACAGGUGGAGCACUACGAGGUGGAAGAAGACAAGGACGGGCCAGGGAACUUGACAAUCAGGCGGCCGCUGUUGAGUGAACGCCUGCUGCGCUAUCAGCCGUGGAGCCCCUCCUUUGACGACGACUACAGUGCGCUGUGCAAGGAGCGGCAGCCAGAGGCGUCGCAAAUGUUCAGCCUCGCUCACGAACUGUACGCCUUCCAUCGUUUCUACUGGUACCAUACAGCUGAGAGCGUCGGUUCAUCCUACGGAGAUGAUGUCAAGAUUGUAG